CAGGUUUGGUAUAAUCCAGAAGGUCACCACACCAUGCCUGCCUACCUCAACAGCCUUAACAACUUUAUCCUGAGAUCCAGUCUGCCACCAGAAAAAAGACAACAAUAUACCAUCUCCAUAUCCAGCCACCCUUACCCUGGCCAAGUGCAAGAUGAGGAUGUCAUGGUGGGUGGUUUAGUCAGCAUCCUGGUUGCUCUCUGUGUCCUCACUGGCUACUCCAUCAUGACUGCCAGCUUUGUCAUCUAUGAGGUUCAGGAACAUCACACAGGCUCCAAGAGGCUCCAGCAGAUCUCUGGCAUCAGCGAACCUUUCUACUGGAUCAUCAACUUUUUCUAUGAUAUGGCUCUUUACAUGGUACCAGUGAUUCUCUCGGUGGCAAUGAUAGCAGCGUUCCAGCUCCCAGCAUUCACAGAGAGGCAGAACCUCGGCGCGGUCACACUUCUGCUGGUGCUAUUUGGCUUUUCCACCUUCCCUUGGAUGUAUCUUCUGUCUGCGAUAUUCAAGGAUACAGAGAUGGCCUUUAUCGGUUAUGUUUGCAUCAAUCUUUUCAUCAGUGUCAAUACCAUUAUCUCCACUUCCAUUAUUUACUUCCUGGGUCAGCUCAACCAGAAUGACCAGGUAAGAGAAGAGUAA